ACACCGGCACAUGGCGGCCCUGCGCACUCUUCUGCUCCUCGGGCUGCUCCUUACGGCGUGGGGGCAGAGGGCGGCGCAGAGACGGCGGCCGCCCCCACCCCAGAGUGCGCUGGAGAAGGUGGCGGCUCAGGAGGGGCUCAGCCUCCACCAGCUCUCAGGGAAGUGGUUCCUGGUCAGCAUGGCCUCCCGCUGCAGCUACCUGGCAGAGCACAGCCACCAGCUGGAGGCCACGACGAUGACAAUCACCGUCCUGGAUGGGCAGAGCUUGGCCGUCAGCACCUUCAGGAAGCUGGACAGGAUGUGCUGGGAAAUCAGGCAGCACUACCUUCCCGCCCAGGCCCCCGGACGCUUCCUGCUGAAGGGCCAUAGUAAAAGCAGUAAGGUGGAUGUGGUGGUGGGUGAGGCUGAUGCCAGCAGCUUCGUCAUCCUCUAUUACCAGAAGGGCCGCAGCAUCUCUGUUAAGCUCUAUGGACGGACCAGCGUGGUCAGUGACGCCGUCAUGGACAAGUUUGAGCAGCGCGUCAGGGCUGUGGGUCUGAGUGAGGAUGUGAUUUACCACUUCCCCACCUACGGGUUUUGUGACUCUCCAGAUGAGUUUCACAUCCUCGAUGAAAUGAAGCUGUAGCUGCAGAUGAAGUUGCCAGGGUGUCCCAGAGCUCACCUCACCUCAGCCAGCUGCCGACUGGCCACACAGAUCUGAGCCACACUUUCGUCAGCUCCCACUGCUGCUCCACAGCUCUGGAGCCAGCCCUGGGGCUCCUCAGCCCCUCCAGCUGUGCUGGCAGCUGCGUCUAUCCUUGGCCUGUGCCUCCCAACUUGUGUUCCCUCUCUGCUUUAUGCCCCAUUCUCCUGCAGCAGCCAGCAACACCCCAAUAAAUGUCUCAGAGAA